CUUUACUUUAUAAUUAUAUAGUGUUAGGAUAUUUCGUGGAUAUUUUGUUUAAUCUUUGGUGCAUGGAACAGUAGUUAACAUGCUCAGGGUGCUGUUACUAUUCUUUAUUGGUGCUGCAGUGAGCAUAGACCUCGUUGCUGGGCAAGCAUGUCCGCCUAGAUCUGCAAACCCGGGACGCGCCUGUAAGAAACAAUGUACCCACGACGCGGAAUGCAGAGGCGCAUUAAAAACUUGUCAAUGCGACAAUGUUUGUGGAAUGUCCUGUUUCAAUCCAAACCUUGUAUGCGAUGAUCCUGGACCCUUUCCUAAUGGACAGAUAAGUCCUGAACGUGGUUAUGGACAAUCCAUCACAUAUACUUGCAAUGUUGGUUAUAACUUAAAGUUUAAUAGCCGACGAACCUGUCAAUCAAAUAAACAAUGGAGUGGUGUCCAACCAAGAUGUGACCCUGGAUGCAUCACCCCGCCCGCUACUGAAACAGCUUUUGCCGAUUCGUUUGACGGUUUUUAUGAUAUCAAUCAAGCGGUCAAUUAUAUAUGCCGAAUAGGACAUAGAAUGACGGGCAGAGCCAGUGUAAGAUGUGGUAUUGGUGGUGUAUGGUCCCCUAUAAGGUUUCAGUGUACCAUUAAAAUUUGUGGAGAACCCCCUGGACUGAUAAACGGUGGUUACGAGGGAGAUGAUUUUACUUAUGGGAGGCGAAUCAGAUACUUCUGUAAUAGAGGUUACAUCCUUCGAGGUGAAGGAGACUCAUUGGUUUGUGAUUUGGAUGAAAGGUGGUUUGGGAACGUGCCUACUUGUGAUAUUGUACGAUGCAAUCCACCAGUUGCCCCACUCCAUGGUUCAAUUAAUUUAGCCGGGGUUCGGUUUCAGUACAACCAACGGGUUCCAUACUCAUGUGACCAAGGUUACAAAGUUGUGGGUUCGCGAUUUGGGGUGUGUAAUGAGAAUGGAACCUGGGGUGACCUACCUACCUGUGAAAUUGACACGGACUGUAAGUUCGAGGGGGCAGUGAGGCCAACUUGUGGAUAUCAGAACUUGGGCGUGGCGUGGACCAGGAUUCUCUCGCAUUCCGUACCAGAUGGAUCUGUAGGCUUCAUUUUAAGAAGUGGAUUUGGUGCUGGUCGACAGCAAAGUAGUUCCCAGUUAUUGUCACCUAGGAUACCCCGCGAUUCUCUCCUAUGUAUAAAGUUUUAUUAUUAUGUGAGAGAAAUGCCGUCAGAUCUGAACUUUAUACUUGUGGAAGUUGACUCAGAAGGCAGAAGGACCACAUUAUGGACUGCUCAUACUUUGGACCAGAAGAAUCAAUGGUUAUCAACCGAUAUAGUGUUCCCACGUUCCAAUAGACAAACUCAGAUUGAGUUUAAAGUUACCCAAUCUGCGUGGGCAUCAGUAUCUGUUGAUUUAGAUGACAUAUCAGUGGAAUCUAAUGUCCCUUGCGUCAACGAAUGUGCCAACACACCUUGUCAAAACGAAGGUACAUGCUUCAAUAGAAUUAACGGUUACUUCUGCUUUUGCCAACGUGGGUUUAGAAGACACAACUGUUCAGAAGAAAUUGUGUGUCAAGCCCGUGUGGCACCAAGGCACGGUACCAUGUCAAUCGCCGCCCCUGUAAGGCUUGAUGCAUUCGUGGUGUUCCAGUGUGACCAGGGUUAUUAUAUGAGAGGAGAGUCACGGGCACAAUGCUUGGGGGAUAACAGAUGGAAUUAUGCAGUUCCUACUUGUAACAUAAAACGUUGCCCCAAUCGAAAUGUUCGUAACGCAUCCAAAGCCCCCAACAAAAACAAUUGGGUUUAUCAAGAGACUGUGACAUAUACAUGUAGAGAAGGGUAUCGCAUGGGUGGAAGGGCAAGGUCUACCUGUCAAUCAAACAACCACCCAACUAAUCCUUCUGGAACUUGGUCUAGCAAUCCUCCAUCUUGUACCAGAAUCCGAUGUCCCAACCGAAAUGUGGAUAGUGCAACCAAAGCUCCCAACAAACAUGUUUGGUAUUAUGGAGAAUCUGUAACUUAUGCUUGUAGAGAAGGAUAUCGCAUGGUAGGGGUGGCAACGUCUACCUGUCAAUCAAAUGAUCAAGUAAGGGGGACAUGGUCAAGCGAUCAACCUAGUUGUAUAAGAAAAACGUGCAACAGCUUAGUAAUAGCUGAUGGAACAGUUUCCCCACGAAGAGAGACAUAUAACUAUGGAAGUUCUAUUUCAUUCACUUGCAGCCAUGGGUAUAGGAUAAGCCAUUCUCGUAGCUUAAGAUGUGUGGAUACCAAUAGAUGGUCUUCUGCACCGCCCACAUGUAGAAGGAUAACAUGCCCACCCCCACAUGCUGUCCGUAAUGCAACAACCUCACCAGAAAAACAGACAUGGUAUUAUAGAGAUGUGGUGAUGUACCAAUGUCAUGCCGGGUAUGUCAUAAUGGGCCCUCAAGCAUCACAAUGCUUAAUUGAUGGUACAUGGACUGCACGUCCUGAAUGCAACAUUGUUCAGUGUCAAGCAAGAGUAGUCGCCAACGGAGUAGCAGCCCUUGAACAAGAUACAUGGUAUUUUGGAGACACAGUUAUGUUCAUCUGCAAUGAUGGAUAUAAAAUAAUAGGGAACCCGUCAGCUAUUUGUCUUGCAAGUACUGAGUGGUCAAAGCCGAAACCUGUAUGUAUAAAAUCAAGAUGCGACCAUCGUGAGUUACCAAAUGGCGUGGUAUCACCUAACACAACAAUAUGGCCUAUUGGCAGCAUAGCCAACUACUCAUGCUCUGAAGGCUUUGUAAUAGAUGGACCAAAUACUUCACUAUGUUCAAGAGAAGGAAUGUGGUCAAAUGAAUUGCCAAGCUGUUCCGGUAUUUCAUGCCCUGCACAAAACACAAGCGACAUCAAUAUAAUUCAAAGCAGUAACAAGGAUGAAUGGCAAUCUGGAGAGGUUGUAGCUUAUUCGUGCCCACCAGGGUUUGCCAUACAAGGCAACAAUGAAUCAGAGUGUUUUCCUGAUGGCCACUGGUCACAUUUACCCCCCCAGUGUACAAGAGUUGAAUGCAAUGCACCAGAGGUAGCUAAUGGGAGAAGUAAUUCAAAUGAUGAGACUUUUGUAUAUGAAGAUAGUUUGACAAUAACUUGUGACCGUGGUUACAAUAUGGUUGGUGAUGAUGUCAUCAGUUGCUCAGCAACAGGGCAAUGGAGUCAACUGCCAGUGUGUGAAGCUGUACAGUGCCCAGACCAAGUAGUAGGAAACUCAACUAAACAACCAAACAACAAUGUAUGGCAAUUUAAUGAUGUGGUCAACUAUGCUUGUAAUGUGGGCUACCAGUUGAGUGGGGAAGCUUCACUGACUUGUACAGAUACUGGGAUGUGGUCUCACCCAAAGCCUACAUGUGUUGAGCAUAAUGAAUGGGACGAGUGGUCGACGUGGUCUAAAUGUAAAGGGAGAUGUAAUUCGGUGCAAGAAAGAAGACAACGAACAUGUCGUGUGCCUGGGAGAUGCCCGGGUACCAAUAUACAAAGGAGAUCGUGUUCCACCACAACUAUGAAUUUUAGAGGCAUAACAUACACCAUGUUUGAAAACCGUAAAAACUUCAACAACGCAAAGCUCCAUUGUGAAAGCAUUAACGGUACUCUGGCUAUGCCGAAAAAUGCGGAUAUUACAGAAAAAAUAACUGAAAUGGCUCAGACAAAAAAUAAUAAAGUUUACCGGAAUCAAUUCUACUUCGGGCUUCACAAGCAAAACCUUCGUGAACCCUGGUUGUGGGUGGAUGGUACAAGGGCAGGAACUCCACUUAGUAUCCGGGGUGGUACAAGGAAUAAUGAUCUGUACCACAACUGGAAGGGCGUUGAACCAAAUAAUGCGCGCGGAGAUGAGUUUUGUGGAAGCUUGUUCGCCAGCAGCGGGGGUUGGAAUGACAUUUAUUGCGAUGCUUGUCUGGCCUUUAUUUGCGAACAAAGAACCCGAUGCACACGGCCCAAUCUGCAGCAUGGGGUGACCACAGACAUGCUGGCCGCUGAUAGCUAUGACAUUGGAACAGUUAUAACAGGAUUCCAAUGCACUGAUAAUGGAGCUCAGUUAGUUGGUGCUCACUCAAUACAGUGUGUAGAUGGGACAUGGAAUAAUACAACUCCAACAUGUGAAACGAGAUGCCCGCGUCCUGUUGCCCCUGCAAACAUGGAGUCCCCGGUUGAUUUACAAGAUUUCUAUGGAGUUAGGGCUUUAGUAAGAUUUCUAUGUGUGCAUGAGUGGGAUCAAGAGACUGGUAAUGCUGCCAUCGAGUGUCAGCAUGAUGGUACAUGGACAGAAAAUCCUAUGUGUGUUACGAGAUGCCAGCGCCCUGCUACCCCUGCCAAUAUGCGGCCUAAUGGUGUUUUACAAGAUUACUAUUAUGUUGGUAACCAUGUUGAGUUCCGCUGCAUGGAUGCAUCAGAUCAUCUGCUUGCUUCCUCAAUGAGUUGCAAUAGGGAUAGAACCUGGAGGGGCGAACCUGCUUGUGUUAAAAGAUGUGGGCGUCCUGUGUUUCCCACUAAUAUGAGAACCCAAGCAGCUUUACUUAAUUCCUAUCAAGUUGGUGACCGUGUUACUUUGGAAUGCGUGCACCGUUCCGAUGCUUUGGGUGGUAAUGCUGUCAUCGAGUGUCAGGAUAAUGGAGCAUGGACAGAAAAUCCGACGUGUGCUCGACGCUGCAGUCGACCACACAACCCAGUAAAUAUGAGGCCCGCAGUUGUUUUAGAAGAUAUUUACGAAGUUGGGGAUUCUGUAAGAUUUCAAUGCGUACAUGUGUCGGAUCGUUUGGUUGGUAAUGCUGCCAUCGUGUGUCAGGAUGAUCGGACAUGGACAGACAAUCCAACGUGUGUUGCACGUUGUACUUUACCCGACACCCCGGCUCAAUUCAGGAUAGAAAUAACAAAUAAUCAACAAGAGCUGUACGAAAUUGGCGCAGUAAUAACAUUUGGUUGUGUCGAUUCCAACGAUGAAAUGUCCGGACCAAGUCAGAUUCGUUGCCAAAUCAACCGGCAGUGGAGUCGAAACGUUCCUAGUUGCUUAAAACGGUGCCAGGGUCCAAAUCCCCCUGAUGGUCUAGUGCUAUCUAGUGGCGAAAAUGUACAAGCUUUCUAUAGUUCUGGUGUUACUAUAACAUUUCAAUGUUCGAACGCCAAGGAUGAAAUGCAAGGGUUAUCUUCAAUAUCAUGUCAAGGGAAUGGGAGAUGGGAUAGAGCUCUACCUGUUUGCUUGAAAAGGUGUGAGCGCUCUGGUACCUUCUACUAUGUAGGUAAUCGUACACCACCUUAUUCAUGCCCUAAUGCUGAUGAUUUACUGCAAGGAUCAGCUGUUUCCACUUGUUUAGAGGAUAGGACAUGGUCUUCUGGUGUCCCUUCAUGUGUACCAAGAUGUGGAACACCAGCCUUACCCGAUGGUGUACGCAUUAGCAGCGCUAAUGCCGGUGACAUUUUUUUCCUCGACGGAGAUCGCAUAAGUUUUCAAUGUAUUAAUGCACAUGAUGUACUUGUCGGUGAAAAUACUUUGGAAUGCACCCAGGACCGUACUUGGGACAAUUCUCCUCCUAACUGUGAAAGAAAAUGUUCGCCACCUACUAUACCUCAACAUGGAAGAUUAAUAGCAGGCACCCAACUAAAGGCAGUCUAUGAUAUUAAUGAACAAGUGACUUUUGAAUGCAUUGAAAUUACAUCUCGUAUGCAUGGGUCCAACACUAUCACAUGCAAUGCUAACAGGACUUGGACAGCAGCGCCCACGUGUGUUGAACGCUGCCCACCUAUUCUAUCCAUUACCAACGGAAGAGUUGAGCAAAUUCGUGAAAAUAAUAAAGAAGUAACUCACGUGAGGUUUACAUGCAAUCCUGGAUAUGAUGUCAAUGGGCAUAGUGUUGUUCGAUGUAUGCUCGGGAACUUGUGGUCUGACCCUUCUCCAACUUGCGAUGAAAAAGAUCCUUGUGUCAGCGGUCCAUGUGUUAACGGGGAGUGCACCAAAGUGGAUGGAAUAGCUUUCAACUGCACAUAGUAGACCUAAUUAUUCGGGAAGAACAUGUAACACAAUUAUAAACCCAUGUUACAACAAUGGUCCAUGUCAACACGGUGGAACCUGCGUACGAAAUGGGCAAGCAGCUCGAUGCAACUGUUUGGUAAACUAUGAGGGCGUUCAUUGUGAAAGAUUAAAGUCAUGUCCACCACCCAACUUGGCAGCCAACGUAAGGGUACGCGAAGGCAGUAGUUUUGGUAUUGGUUCAUCAAUAACAUUCAUGUGCACACAACGUGGCUUUGUGGUCACUGGAAAUCAGCGGAUGUAUUGUCUGAAUGACCAGACAUGGGAUAGACCGCCUCCAACUUGUCAACCCGCAGCAGGGUUAUGUCAAGCCUUGCAGGUCCCACAGAACGGAAGGUUUACAGAUCGAAGAGGGCAACGAAACCAAGUAGGGAACAUUAUUCGAUUGAGUUGUAGUAAUGGUUACAGGGUUGUGAGCCCAUCUAUAACAAGAUGUCUCCCUGAUCUUACUUGGUCUUCUACCCUGGGAGGAUGUGAAGCUGUCGGUUGCUCCAUUUUUUCUGCCGCAACUGGUGUCUCAGUACCUGUAGGUAUAGAACACGCUGUAGGUGUAGUUCUGAGGCUUUCCUGUUAUAACGGUGGGCAGUUACAAGGCGGGCCAUCUAACAUAGAAUGUUUGGGCAACCAUGUAUGGAGCAAUCCCAUAUCUUCGUAUACGUGUUUAUGAUUUGUUUAUAACUGUCCAGGGCUGGAUUUGUACAAAAAUAGCUUCUGGAAGUAUUAGUUAUUUUCUAAAAGUCAGAUAACAGAGAAAUGAUUUUAUGCAAUCUCGGUUUUUAAACAACUUACAACAACUGGAACGUCAUUCCAGUAAACUUAAUUAACUUAAUGAUUAAGCCAUAAGACCAGAGCUUUUGGAGCUACAAGUUAAUUCAGUUACCAAAACAAUCAAGUUUAUUGUGUUUUUGAUUCAAAAUAUCUCACAAACCUUGAAUUAUUCUUAUAAUUAUGUCGUAAGACCAAAGCUUUUGGAACUAUAUGUUAAUUGAGAUGACAAAUUUAUUGCCAUCUCUGUUUAAACUGUCUGGAAACUACCGAAUAGCGUUUCAGUAAACUUUAAAUAUUUAUCGAGCUCCCGGAACGUCGUUCUGGUGAAAAUCCAAAAAUAUGCGUGAAUGGAUAGGCAAUAUUAAGAUAAUGUUUGAGACAAAAUAUACUGGAAUGGUGUUUUAGUAAACUUAAAAUAUUUCUUGAGUGUCUGGGAGCUUAGGUCGAAAUUCAGCCCUGGACAAAUAGUGGCAAUUAAUAUGGGAUUAUUAUAUAUCUGCUUAUUGCCACACUGCAAUAUUAACGCAUACCAUAUAUACCAAAUGAAAUUAUGUAAUAAUUGCUUAUGUGGUGCAAAUGUAAAGCUGCAAAUAAAUGCCAGAACAUCAA